AUGGUGCUCGGGAUCAAGUGGAUGCAGGGCAAGCAUCACGGGCACGCGCUCCUGGACGAGGACGGCGACCUGGACACGGAAUACAUCGACGACGAGGACGCCAAGACGGAGAAGCAGCUCGCGCGCGAGCGCGAGCGCGCGGACCGUCAAAAUAACGGGGCUGACGAAUUCGCGUCCGGGCCGCCGUCGUUCGCGUCCGACGCGUCGCACGACGCGAUGGGUUCCCCCGGGCCCAAGUCCCCGAGCGAUCACGCCGCGCGGAAGUGGCUCCGGAAGACGCAGUCGCGCCGCGGCGCGUCCAAAUCCUUCUCCCAGCCCGCGAUCUCGUACGCGGAACAGAUGCGACUCGAAGCGCUCCAAGAGUACCAAUCGCGACUCGCGGAGCCGAUGAAGCUGGACAACGAGACGCUCAUAUCCUUCGCGUCCAGAGUCGUCAUCGAGCUCGAGAUGCGGCCGUACAAGACGAUCAAGACGCUGCACAGCAAGACGUUCACGGGCGCCGAUUUCAUCGAGUGGAGCAUGACGCAGCCGGAGGUUCGAGAUCAGUGCGACGCGCUCUUCAUCGGCAACGAGCUCAUGUCCAGAGGCAUCUUCUUGCCCGUGUCCUACGGCGCCACGGAGGCGCUGUUCUACUCCCCGACGUUCAAGUCGAGCAGCGGCGUGAUGCGCCUCGUGUGCAAGAAGAAGGCGCAGAUCGUCGCCGCCGUGCUCGGCGCCGACCUGGACACGAUCGGCGAUCUCAGCUCGAAGAGGGAUUCCAACGCGUCGUCCCCGGGCGCGGGGAACUCCGCGUCGUCGUCGCCGCGGCACGGCGAGCUCAGCCGCGACGGCUCGGGGAAGAUCGACGUCGGCGACGUCAGGCGGACCGCGAGCGACCCGACCAGCGGGUCUUCGUCUUCGUCGCCGGCGGCGGCGGGCGGCGCCGGCGGCGAAUCGAAAUUUAAACUGAGACGAUGCCCCACCGUGGACGAGCGACGCGGGAACGUCUCGAGCCUCAAGGCGGUGCCCGAGGGACGGAUACUGAGGAAGUUCACGAACGCCGUCGGCGGCGGGAUCAACCGCCGCGUGUUAUCCACGAGGGCCAAGUUCGCCGCGAUCGCGCGACCGAUUCACGGGUACCUUCACACGCGUCUCGGACCGCACGUGCUGUUCGCGGCGCUGCUUCCGUUUCUUCUCCUCUGCGUCUUCCACGCGACGACGCUCGCCGCGGUCGCGGUGUUCUGGGGCGCGUCGCACGUCGCGGACGUGGACUGGAAGCAACGGAGGGACUUGGAGCGCCGCGUCCGCGCGGAGGAGCUCAAGAAGUUUCAAGGGAAGCGCGGCAACGUGAAGGUGUAUCCGGACGGCAGCGAGAGCGCGGACUGGUGGAGUUGCGUCCUGCAGUCCUUCUGGGACGGCUGGCUCGAGAUGUGGCUGAACCGGCUGCUCACGAACAUCCUCACGGACGUCCUCGAGCGCGUGAAGCCGUCGUACUUGGAGAGUUUGAAGAUCACGGAGUUUAAGCUCGGGUCGAACGCGCCCACGGUGAAGACGUCGCGGCUGUUCCCCGGGCCGGACGGGGAGACCAUCUUGGAGUGGGACAUCGUGUGGCAGACCGAGGAGAUGAGGCGCGUUCUAUCUCACACCGGUCCCCAUACGACCGCGUCGGCGUGGUGA